CUGCGGGCGCUCGCGCCUGUCAGUCGGGCCGGAGCGGAGCAGCGGCAGGGCGGCCGGGCCGGCAGCUCCGCGAAGAGGCUGCGCUCACAGCCGGGGAGGGCGAAGAGCCGGGCCCGCCGCCUGCGGGGCCGAAGCGCACGGCACGCGGACCUGAAGCGGGCGAGACGCCGGCGCGCGCCAGGCGGCGCGAGGCUGAGGUCCCGGGAGCCCCCGCGCGCCGCCCCGGGCCACGGGCGCGGGAGAGCCCGGUGCGCGCCGCCCUGCUGCACCUCGCGAGCUCGCAGUCUCGGUGCACCGUCCUUCGGGCCGGCCCCUCGCACUCCCUGCUCCACCCGGACCAGUGAUUUCUAGGCGCCGAGGCCCCCUGGGCUGCAUCCGAGCCUCCGCCGCCCGCUGCCGCCGCCUCGGCUGCCGCGGCUCGCCGGCUUCCCCUCCCCCCACACCGGGGCUCGGAGCAGGAGGAGGAGGGGCCGGUGCCUUCUCGCCGCCGCUCUUUGCAACCUGCGGAGGCUGGUGCAUGCCCGCGAGGCGCCCGGACCGCUGCAGGUGCGUGCAACCCCCAAGGAGAAGACUCCCCCGGCUCCGGGCGAAUCUGGGGGCUACGAGCCGCGGGCGGGCGGUCGAGCAAGAGGAAGCAACAAAGACAGGCUGCAGCUGGGGCCGGCGAGAGGGGCCGCGGCCGCCGGGCUCCAGGCGCGGGCAGAGGGGGCGCCCCGGGGAGCGGCGCGGGCUGAGCUGCCGCCCUGAGCGCGACCCGGAGGGGAGGCGCAGCGCCGCCCGCGGGACGCGGUGAGCACCGGCCGCGGCCAAGAUGCGCCGCCUGAGCGCCCCCGCGGCCCGGGUCCCGGGCGGGCGCGACCCCCGCUGAGCGGAGACACCCUCCACCUCCGACUUCGACUUCGGAAGGCGCGGGCGGCGCGUGUUUCGGCCUCGCCGACCGCAUCCCCGUCCACCCGGAGAGAGCAUCGGCCCCACGGGGGCCUCUCGGCCGUUUCUGUCUCCUCUGCAUGGCUGUCACCCCGCGAGCGGAGAGUCGCCGCUGAGACCUGGCCGAUCCGGGACCCCGCCACCGAGCGCGCAUCGGCCCCAGCUCAGCCAUGCUGGCCUGUCUGCAGAGGACCCAGAACCCCCCGGGCCAGCACCUGGCCUGCCCGAGCAAGAGCCUGGAGCGGCGCAAGUGUGAGGCGGUAGCCAGCUCCAUGCAUUCCUCCCGCUACCCGAGCCCGGCCGAGCUCGACGCCUACGCUGAGAAGGUGGCCAACAGCCCACUGUCCAUCAAGAUCUUCCCCACCACCAUCCGGGUGCCGCAGCACAAGCACCUGGGCCGCACCGUCAACGGCUACGACACGUGCGGCCAGCGCUACAGCCCCUACCCGCAGCACGCCGGCUACCAGGGCCUGCUGGCCGUCGUCAAGGCCGCCGUCUCCUCCAGCGCGGCCGCGCCCGCCGGGCCUGUCAAAGGCGUGCUCAAGAGCGCCGAGGGCAAGCGGACCAAGCUGUCGCCAGCCACCGUGCAGGUGGGCAUCGCGCCCUACCCGGCGCCCAGCACUCUGGGGCCCUUGGCCUACCCCAAGCCUCCCGAGGCGCCCGCCCCGCCACCCGGCCUGCCCACGGCCGCCGCCACGGCCGCCUCCGUCAUCCCCCUGCCCGGCCGCGGCCUGGCCCUGCCGCCUUCCAACCUGCCCUCCAUCCACAGCCUCCUCUACCAGCUCAACCAGCAGUGCCAGGCCCCGGGCGCGGCCCCCGCGGCCUGCCAGGGCGUGGCUGUGCCCCAGCCCAGCCCGGCCAAGCACGGCCCGGUGCCCAGCUUCCCCAGCCUGGCCUACUCGGCCGCGGGCCUGCCCGACUGUCGCAGAGGCGCCGAGCUGGGCCCGGGAAGCGCGGCCUUGACGUUGGCCGGAGCCGCCAAGCCCGCAGGGUACGUGGAUGGCAGCCUGGACUACCUGCUGUGGCCACAGAAGCCACCCCCACCGCCGCCCCAGCCUCUGCGGGCCUACAGCGGCGGCACGGUGGCCAGCAAGUCCCCGGAGGCUUGUGGGGGGCGGGCGUACGAGCGGGCCAGUGGGUCCCCCCUCACCUGCAGCGUGGGGCUGCCUGCCGGCCUCACCGUGGGCCAGUACUUUGCCGCCCCCUGGAACAGCGUGCUGGUGACACCCACCAGCGACUGCUACAACCCAGCGGUGGCCGUGGCCGAGCUGGGGCCCGGGGGCGCCCGGGAGCUGGCGGGGCCGCCCGCGGAGGCCCUCUCCAGCCUGCCCAGCAGGAGCGCGUGCAGCACGGCGGCCCUGAGCAGCAGCCUGCAGUCGCUGGAGUAUCUCAUCAACGACCUCCGGCCGCCCUGCAUCAAGGAGCAGAUGCUGGGCAAGGGCUACGAGACCGUGGCGGUGCCCCGGCUGCUCGACCACCAGCACGCCCACAUCCGCCUGCCCGUCUACAGAUAAGGCCUCUGUGCCGCACGGACGGAGGGACAGGGCGCCGACGGGGAGGCGGGCGGAGGACAGCGGUCGGCGCUGCCCCGGGCAGCCGGGCUGGCUGCUGCCGGGUCUGGGGAGAUCUGGCAGGUGACCUUGCUCACCAUAGGCCUGUCCCCCCACUUUAGAGGCCCCAGGACCCGGGGAGGGCCUCCCUGCGUCCACGCUGACGAGGGAGGGGAGAGACCACCUUCACCACCAGGGCUCCAUUGGCACUCCCAGGGGGGAGCCCAGGCCAGGGCAGGAGGCAGGAGGAAAUGCGGGGCUUAGAACCAGGGGGCCCUAAGUGCCCCCAGGGGUCAGACAGCUCCCCACAAGCCCCAGGCACCUGGAAAAGCCGCAGAGGGAGUCGGCAGUCCCGCAGGGCCCCCCACCAGCCAACCCAGGUGAAUGCCACUCAUGAGGGCUCCAGGGACCACCGGCCCCCCUGCUCCUCUAGACUCUCCUCCCCUCCCCCAUUCCUUCCCAGCACAGAAAAACUGCCCCUCAUCCCCACCCCCCACCCCCCAUCCCUGGGUUCCCGCCCCCUUCCCUUCCCUCCAGCACGUCCACGUCCACGGGGCUGCUGGCACAGCGUGGCCGCACACCGCACAGGGCACCUCGUCUGAGGAGACGCCUCCCGCACCCAGACUUGUGUGUUUAGGAGGCGACCUCCCGAAGCCUGAGGCAGGGGCUCCCUCCCCCAUUCGCACAAGGGACCCAGGGCUGCAGGGGGCCUGCCCUGCCUUCCUCGGGGUUCCCUGCUGGAGCCAGGGAGGGGAGCUGCUGGCUUUAACUGAGAGGCCCAGGGCAGCUCCCUUCCUGCCAGUGCCCCCAGGGCCGGCCCGCACCAUCGGGGGUGAGGGGGGCAACAGGGGCUCCCCCGCCGGCCCCAGCGCCCGGCAGCGGUACUGUAUCUCUCCAAGGCCUGUUCGAGCACUAAGUGCAUUUACAAAUCUCUGAGAAUGUUUUUUAUACUAAAAUUGACCAUUAUAUUCUACUGUGAGAAGUGCAGUCUGCACUGUAUUGUUUUAAAAACGAAGAGGAAGAAAAAA